AUGAAUGUCGUAGACACCCUCCAUUGCUGUCUUCACAUUAGCCAUCGACGUGGUCGACGUGACACAAUCAUAGAUAUCAGCAAUGUAGACACCGUCUCCCUCUUGAGCGUUGUUGGCCUCGGUGGCGAAUGCGCAGGCGCCUCCUCCGUUGGCGAUGAAUGUGGUGUAGUCGGUGGAUUGGGAGGAGCAGAAUUGCAGUGGGUUGAUGUGUUCUCCCAUCUGGAUGUCCGCAUCGUCUGGGUCGGUCAUGUGGGGGUUGCGGAGUUGGGAGACUGGCAUGAAUUCAUAAAUUGUAUCAGAUCCCCCCUCAACUCACUCUGGAAGUGGACACUUUGGCACUGGAUCUCCAUCCUCUCCGGAGUGCAGAACACAAACGACUCCAUCUCUUGUCUUUGCUUGAACAUAUGGAAUUCCAUUCACAUCUUCCGGACACUCGCAUCUCGACUUCUCACAUCUCGAUUCUGGCCACACAGCGCUACACUGCUCGGCGUACUGACAUCCAGACUCUCCCGGGUUCUUCUUGAGGUAACAGUAGCCUUGGAUCGCGACGAAGUUGGAGAGACAAGUGCAAGAGCCAGUGGAACAGAACAUUCCCUGAAAGUACAGGGUAAACGAGUCGGUAGAUCAAUGACUUACAGUAAGACAAUCGGUGUUGAAGCUACAGAAAUCGCCGACUCUUCCAGAACCGGCGACUCCUUGACGCUUGUACCGAACAUUGCCAGUUCGGCACUUUCCGUCGAUGAAGAAUUGGCUCUGGAAAUGUUUGUUGUCUGUCUGUGCAGAUUUGUCCAGAUGUCCUAG